UAUUGGGCUCACGCAUUAAUCAAUCUGACUUGGAAGUCGUUCAAGAUAAGUUUCCAAAGUGUGAUGAUCACUCCAGAGGAGGCUAGCAGCUACCAUGCAGCUACGUCGAAGGGAACAGGUAGAUCUUUACUGGAGCUCCCGACACUGGAAUCCCCCCUCUCGAUAUCCAACUAUUCCAAAAAGGGCCGUCUUUAUCCCAGAAUUAUCUCCAAGUCGCAGCCAUAGGGAAUCCCCUCCAGUACAGCCAACAUCUGAGGCCAAACAAGACAAUUCUAGUAGCUCCUCUUUGUUCAGCCCGAUUGUGCUAAAGUUCGAGGAACUCAAAGCACUACACAGUCUGUCUCGUCUCAGCUGGGCAGACACAUCAUCCAGGAGAGACGCCGAACACCUCGCGUUUCCUCCAGCGCCCAUCGAAUUAAUUCUUCACAGAUUACAACCCCUUAAAGAUAUUCAUAUAGCGACAGAAAAGGCGUUCCUACGGGGGAACACCAGCAACUCUCGUGGCGAUACACCACCUAUACCUUCAAUGUUUAGCAAAGGCCAGCGUGAUUGGCGCGAGAUCAGGCUUUUGGACACAAAGCUGGAUCUGGAACGCGAGUGGUCAAUGUAUAUGGAAGGCGCAAAGAAUGUAAUCUGUCCUUAUUGUCGUUGUGAUCUCUCUAGUUCAGUUGCCAUGAACCGGGAGAAGUGGAGGCCGCGAUGGCGUUGUGCCGCACGGGCGCACGGUGUCCUUGUCUUCUGGGAGAAAAGCGAGUAUGAGGAGCACAUGCGCCGAAAGCACAAAAGCACCCAACCACAACUAGCCAUACUCGCUGAGAGAAGUAGUCGACCCUCUGGCCCUGUCUUUCAGUCCUGCCCGUUGUGUGGUGAAGGAAAUCGGGCUGAUCUCGAGGAGCACAUUGCUGACCAUCUUACAUACCUUGCAUUGAUGUCAAUCCCCUUGCCUAAUAAAAGCCAAUCGACCGAUGAUCACAUGGAGAUGGCUGCAAAUUUGAGUACCGAUCAGCUCCGGGCCGGAGGCGCUGGACGGACCGAUUCCUAUCACUCUUUUGACGAAAGUGAAAUGGAAAAGCCAGGAGAUCCGUCUAAGCUCCCCGAAUUCCCCUUCGCUGGAUUCAAACACUCAAAACAGAAAAAUACAAAGGGAAAGGCGCCACUGAAGGAACGCAUUCUGGGGGAACUGCACGAGAGUGAAAACGCUGGUUUCUUUCCAGGUCGGUGUAAAUGGAUGGGCUGUACUGAAUCACAAAUCUUUGAGGGAGAGGAGGAACUCUUCCGUCAUAUUCUCGCGAGGCAUGGGAAGCAUUACUUUUGCUGUCUUGUGAAAGGUUGCGACAAAACUUUUGCCGAUAGACGAGAGCUUCAGAAACAUCUGGGAACUGACCACAACUAUGGCCUUAUUAAAGAACAUGUAAUCAUGGAUGUUCCGACGCAUUGCCAAUGGGCCGGCUGCACUACAAAAGAUAGUUUCACAAUAACCGGUAGCCUCUACCAGCAUAUCCGGAAUAUGCAUUUAUAACAUCUUUGGUCUUUUAUCUUAGCAUGAGGGCCUGGGUAUCUUUAAAUUCUGGCUGUCUGGAAACGGUAUUCACUAAAAUCCUCGUCUCCAUCAACACGCGAUUUGAUUAGACGUCACAGAAAAAGGCCCCGGGCUUAUCCAGUUUAGGAACAACCACUGCAAGGCUCAGGACCCGCUCGUGGAUGAUCCAUCUCCUGUAAGGCUGAUAAGAUGCAAUACACUCUACUAGUCCAAACUCGAACAAUACGCGCACAGUGAUUUGGGACGUUAGACUUCCUGUAAUACCCACUUCCAAGUAAGGGAUGCCGAUCUUAGUUCAAUCGAGAGAGUUCUGCAGGGUUUGGGGGAGCACAAACUACGUAACGCGUUGAGAACAUUGAAUGUCACCAGCGAUGAAAGAAGAGAUAUUUCUCAUGUAUCAUGCUGC